CGCGGUAAAGCCACCCCACCAAAACUGAAUUCCUCCUCCUCCUCCUCCUCCUCGUUCUAGAUCUUCGCCGCCUCCGCUUCUCUGGAUCUCCUCGGAGAAUUCUGCUGUAAUCUAACGCAAUCCUAACGAAAUUUUCCAUUGGAUUCGCUUCAUAAUCGUCGUCUGUUACGCCGGAUCAUGUGAAAGUUUAUUUCGAUCAGAUGGCCUCGAUCCGACGAACUCUCUCGCCAGCGCUUAACGACCGUCUCUAUCAGAACGGGACCGCUGUCUCUUCCCCUUACUCGCCAGCAUCUCACAAGCUUUUACCCAAUGGCAACAGUAAAUACCAAUCCGUGCCGCAUUUACCGUUAUUCAGCGCGCUCAGUCUGCUCUCGCGGAGAGGAUGGCGGCGAUCCUUCUACCGGUGUCUCAUCUUCCUCCUCCUAGGGUUUUUAUUCGGAAUGACUCCGUUUGGUAACAUUGAAACCGAUAUCCAGACUCAGGAUUUCACCCUUCCCGACCUAAAACCGCCGUUCGUCAAUGUGCAAUUGGACGAUCAGAGCAUUAAUUCUGUUUCUUUGACGGUCGAUAAGAGUUUAGAGGAUCAGAUGAGUGAGUUAGAACCGAGAAAGCAGUUAAUUAUAGUGACUCCGACGUAUAAUCGGGCAUUUCAAGCGUAUUUCUUGAACAGGUUAGGGCAGCUGCUGAGAUUGGUAAAGCCUCCAGUGCUGUGGAUUAUUGUGGAGGAGAAAUCGGCAUCUUUCGAGACGGCAGAGAUACUGAGGAAGACGGGAGUGAUGUAUAGGCACUUGGUAACUAAAGUUAAUUCAAGCAGUGUGAAGGACAGAGGCGUACACCAGAGGAAUGCGGCUUUGGAGCAUAUGGAGCGGCAUAAGCUUGAUGGGAUUGUGUAUUUUGCCGACGAUGAUAAUGUAUACUCCCUUGAGUUGUUUGAGAGCUUGAGGGGCAUCAGCCGUUUUGGUACUUGGCCUGUUGCCAUGCUUACUCCAAGUAAAAACAAGGCAAUUUUGGAAGGUCCAAUAUGCAAUGGAACUCAAGUGAUUGGAUGGCACACAAAUGAGAAAAGCAAAAGGCUUCGGCGGUUUCAUGUUGAUAUGUCAGGAUUUGCUUUCAACAGCACCAUCUUGUGGGACCCAAAAAGAUGGAAACGCCCCUUUCGAAAUUCAAUUCGACAGUUGGACACAGUGAAGGAGGGUUUUCAAGAAACUACAUUUAUAGAACAAGUGGUGGAAGACGAAAGUCAGAUGGAAGGUACACCCCCUGGUUGCUCAAGGAUACAGAACUGGCAUCUCCAUUUGGAUACAAAGAAUCUUGUUUAUCCGAGAGGCUGGCUACUCCAGGAGAACCUUGACGUUAUUUUGCCCAUACAGUGAUGGACUUUCAUAUUGGUGAUUUAAUACACAGAGGCGGAGGUGAGUUUGACUGUUGAUCACGCAUCCAUGAAACUGGAAUUCUCAGCAUCUGUAAGUUUUGCCUUUGCCUUAAAAGAUGGAUAUGCUUGAAACAAAAAAUCAAUUGGAGAAACAGAAGAACUUCCUUUGUUCCUAUUCCUUCAAGGUGGAGGAAAGGAAGACAAUUUUGGAACAUGGUUCUUGUAAAAGUUCCUUACUUGAGGCCUUGUUUGUUUGUAUAUCUAGCUCUUGAUUUUUCCUAGAAUGCAAUGUUAUAUAUUCACCUCAUCAAAUAAUCUUUUUGUAAUUUAGCAUUCUCCUGCUCCUGCCAGAGUUCUGCCUUUUGUUUGUGUUGGUGACUGCCUUAAAGAAGAGAUUAGCUGCCAUCAGCAUCAAGCAGCAGCUAUAGAUAUUUACUGGCAUUGACCGAGAGGAUAGAGGAUUUGUGAAUUCUAUGGGUAGAUUUUGGCAGUUUCUUAUUCUUUACAGGACAAAAUCUUGUUUCUACAUUCUUAUUUCCUUAUAGAGUUCCUGUGGCUGUGUAUGGGUUUUCUUUAGUUUGUUAUUCUUUUUGGAACACAUUAUUUCACCAUCCACCCUACUGAAAAUUGGAAGUGUCUUACCUGGGGGAUGUUGUGAAAUCAUCCAUUGUACUUGGGCCUCGUAUCAAGCCGAAGCAAGCCGCACGGCAUCGUCAUGUUCAAAAACUUUUAUGGUAAAAAGAGGAUAAUGGAAAAGCAAUUUUUUUGUUUCAGAUGGUCGAUAUUUAUGAUUCAGAAAUACCAAAAGCUGCUGAAAUCAAAACUUUUACUCCCC